CCGCGACACAACCUUGCUCUGCAUGAUCCAACCUGCGACCUGGCAGAUGUGGAGCGAUAUCGACUGGCGUUCAUGAUGCAGUUUUUUGUUCAACAAAAGCAAAGAUUUCGCUUUCCUCGCCUCCGGCUCCAGGACCUUUAUCAAAGAGUAAUCACCAACGAGGACACCACACCACUCUGUGACAUCAUUGCACGCAUUCUUCGCUUCUUUCGACAUGGUGAUCCCAGCGUUCGUAUUGACACUGUGGAACCGGCAUUGGCUCAAUUUGUUGGUGAAAAGCGAACACCUUCUCGAGUCGCUAUGCAACGCCUUCUAAUGCGUGCCUCUCCACGUCUUGCUCUGGCUUCUACUGGCGGCGGUGGUGGAGGCGCUGACAAUCCUGGAAGUAAGAUGAGACCACUCUCAGAUCUUCCGAUCCCCGAACGAGCCCAGCUGCUUGAUUCACUGAUUGAAUGUGUAUAUGAUGAACAGCCUGACUUGCCGCUCUCUUCAGGCUUCAAUAACAGCAACACAGGCAAUGCCGGUUCUGCGGCUGGUACGUCAAAGGCUGUCAAUGACACGGGGUCUUCCGGGAGACAAAUGAAUGGUUCCUCCACUCCUUGGUCCAGGCCUAAAGCCAAGAAAUUUAGGAAAAUGGGCGGAAUAGAGAAGACGGCCGAAUGCGAUGAUGAUGAGGGUUAUAACGAUGAAGAGGAUGAGACGAGGGAUCACAACGGCUCUGGAGCAGAUGCUGCUGACGACUUGAAUGGUGAGGACGACGACGACGUAAGUGAUGAAUUCGAGACGGGACAGGAGGCGGUGGAGGCCACUGGAACUGCCACAACUAACCUGUUAGACCACGAAGAGGACGUGAAUGUGCUCAUCAAGGCUGGUCAGGAUGCGCAGGGCUGCAGUUACUACUAUAUGGAUGGGUAA